UCGACUUGACGUCAUCGCAACGCUCGAGUUAAAGAUGGCGGGCCGUCACGUCUUCACUCCUGUGUAAAUAAAGUAUCAGGUUAAAAACAGCGGAACGACGACCGGCCACGCGAUCUCAAGUGACAGUUUUCGGACUUUCGGCGAUAUCGGGACAUAUCCAGUCAUCGGGGCGCGGAGCGGCGAUGGUGCUGUGAGGCUCGAUCGAAGCUGCUCCAGCGAAGCUAUGAAGCGUCUAUAAGUGGUAGCGCUGGGGUGUGUGUGCGCGUGCGCCCGCGGGAUGGAGAGUGAUUGCAGGAUCCCGAUGGCCUGUCUGAGACCCCGAGUCCUGGCUCUGCACGCGCUCUUCUGGGGUCUGGUGUCUCUCAGAGUGUUUGGGGCUGCGCUUCUGAGUGAAGAGAAAUCUGCAGUAACAAAGUCUGUGACCAUGCCAUGUUGGCAAUUGGAAGAGUUUGUAGUUGCUACCGAGUGCACCCUGUGUAAUGCUUUUCAAACGAAGACAGAAGUGGCCUGUCGCCAGACAGGAUAUGUGGAGAGGAUUAACUGUACCAAGUCCAACAAAGAUGAGUUGAAGAGUUGCCGCUCAGCAACAAUGGAGGAGCACCUGUUCUGGAAGUUUGAAGGUGCCGUGCUGGGGCUCACUGUUAUCUUCGCACUAGUGGUGGUUGCCCGGCAGCGCUCCUUAGACCGGCAAGCCUCGGAAAAGGUUCGCAGGCAGAUAGAAUCUAUUUAGUACUCAAAACUUGAGUUAAGAACUAUUGGACAAAUCUGAUCAGGAGGUCCAGUCCUCUGAAGUUACAGCAAGGGUCAGCAUUUUUUCAGUGUUAUAGCACAGCUGUAGUAACCAGUUCACCUCCCCGGUUUACUGGUUCAGCAUGGGUUGUGAUCAGUGGACACUCCUCCACAAAACUUGCCAUGACUGGCCGAAUAAAUGAUAGAUUCCUUUACAUUCUGACAUUAAAUGUGGAUGAGAGAUUUCGGCCUCCUUGCAGAAUUGACCCUUUUCCCCAGAUAAUCCAUGCUAUGGUACAGUGAUCUUGUUUUAACUAUGAACUUUCAAGGAUUUGAAUUGGAGAUUCAGCCUCCAAAUGAAAUGGAAAAUUAAACACAGACAGACAUUACAUGAGAAACAACUGAUAGCUUGCUAAGACCUGAGAUUAGGGAAAGUUUCUGUGUUUAUAGUAUAUGGCUGAAGGUACAUGUUUUCACUAACACUGUGCUGAUUUUAUGUACAGGGUGAGUAUGUGAGUUUGUUUCAAAUGACCACAUGUUUUAAAAGUAUUGGAAACUUGUCUUGCCUUUGAAUCUGAAAAAUAUGAUUUGUCUUGGAAGUGUCAAACUGACGUUUUUAAUUAUGAAACGUUGGCCCUGCAUUUUUUUUUUUUAAGUGUGUUCCAUAUCAUACUGGGCUGAAUGUAAUUAUUGACACUGAAAAAAUGGUUGCUUGCCUCUUUGCUUGUAGACUCCAGAACAUAAAUAAUUAGCAUCAAUUGUUCAGUUUUUCCUUUUAUAAAAUUAUAUAAAAUUAGAAUUGUUUUUCUAGCCCUUUCAGUUUCAACCAUGGCAUCAAAUACAGAAUGACCACUUUUCUCUCCGUCAUGCUGUGCAUGGUUUUCAGUGUAUGUCUGAUGUUUUGCCUGCUUAAUAUUUGACUUGUACAAAGUACUGAUGACGCGUUGGGCACUGCACUGAUUGCCGCUGCUGAUUUCUCUCAACCUAAACUCUGCUUUUUUUUUAAUCUGUCUGUUAAAAAUGUAGUAAAGCUGCAUUAUGUUGAAUAACGUUUCAGUUUUAAAUUGCUUUUUGAAGUGGUAGACAUGUAUGGUGAAAACCUACUCUGUCUUUUUUAUUUUAACUGUGGCACAAGUCCGGCUUGAACCUGUGCUUCCAGGAGUAGAGCUGUUCUUUUUAUUUUUCUACACCAUGUCCCUCUGGUCAUGUGUGAUCUGGUGGGGUGAAGCCAGUUUGCAAAGUCAUAUUUCAUCUAUUUUGUUGCUGGACAGGAUUACAAGUGAAGAAAAGGCUGCAUGUUCCUGGCUAGGGUCUUCUCUUUGGCAAGUUUUACUGGCCCACCCAAACUGUAGAUAAUGUAUUUUUUAUGAAAGAUGCAAUGUUUCCUAUUCUCUAUGUUUGAAAGGGGAAUAGAGGAAUAAACUAAACAGAGAGAGUU